AUGUCUCUAGAUUUGGAUCUUGAUCAGUUUCAGGAUCAUUUGAACGGUACUCACAUAGGCGUCGAUGACAUGGAUAGUGAAGAUAUUGAAAUGGCAAUGCAUGCGCGAAACAACGGACCGAAUCAAGCUGAAAGACGAGCACAUCAUAACGCUUUAGAAAGAAAGCGACGUGAUCAUAUCAAAGGCAGUUUCGGUGAUCUACGUGAUGUAAUCCCAUCACUUAAAGGAGAAAAGGCAUCUCGUGCUCAUGUUCUCAAAUCAGCAACGGAAUACAUUCGUACUAUAAAGAGCAAAAACCAAUCUAAUCAAACGAGUAUCGAUGAACUAAAACGACAAAAUGCGGCCAUUGAAUUGCAAGUACGCCUACUCGAACGUGUCAAAGAAACUGGCCAAUAUACCCGACAAAUUCAGAAUCAUCAACAAGAACAGCAACGAGUUAAACAUGAUUUGAAUUUUAAUGGUAUUCAAACAACGAUAAAUUUACUAACAAACGAAAAUUCAUCUUCAAUAUCUUCGUAA